UGGGAUUCGAACGUGGAACCUGCACAGCGCAAGGCAGCUGUUGUAACCUGUUGUAACCACUCAUGCGGACUCUACACUCUACUUUGCGUUGGAACCCGAGGAGCCGAAUCGCUUUGUUGUAAUGUCCAACCCAGACUAUCGUGGACGCGGAGGCGCUGUCGCGAACGCGCCGCACCAGUGCGCCCCGGAGCAGUUAAAUGGAGGCGGAAGGCGCCAGGCAACGGCCGCUGAUGGAGUGUGUGUGUUCAGGCGCAGCGAUGCUCCGGGGAAAUGUAGUCCUGUAAUCCCAAUGGGCCUGGUGUCCUGGUCCCAUACUGACGUACCAUCAGGAUUUUGUGGUCCAUAGGGAAAAGGACAGCUGCUCCAUUUUUGAUCCUUUGGCAUUCUUUUAUUUACUUUUUGUAUUGUUUUCCGUGUGUCUUGGUGUUCAUCACUAAUAUCUGGCAUUUUUUCGGAUCUGCGAUUUGAACUUUUACCCCGACCUUUUCCCCUGGUGGGAGUUUCCCUGUCCCCCAAGGGUAGUGGAUAUCUGCAUCCUGUUGCUUUGCUUUAUCAUGUCAAGACAGAGUAUCUUUACUGCUACUGUGGCAGCCGUGCUGGGUGCCACCCUUGGCGGGCUGCUGUUUUGGCGGUCCCUGUGCGUCCGUAGGAAACGGAUCGCGCAGAGCCAGACUGAGCCAGACUCUGCACAAAGGGAGAAGACCACAGCAGUGGAACAUGAGGUGGAUGCUGUACCAUCUGGGCAGCCACCACCGCUGUCUCCAUCCCUUAUGCCUGUUGUCCCUCUACUGCCAUCUCCGGAGAAGCUUCUUGAGGUGCUUCCGGUGGUGGUGAGCUCCGAGGAUCAGUGGGAGGAGCUGUGGCCAUCCCUUGAAAAAGAGCUGUCUGUAUACCCUGUGCUUGGCCUUGACUGUGAAUGGGUAAAGACCCAGUGUGUUUCUGUGAAGGGGAAGUCAGGCCCGGUCUCCCUGCUCCAGAUGGCCUCUUACACAGGCCGUUGUGCGCUGGUGCGCCUGCCUCUGAUCCACAGUGUGGGGCAGUCCCUCCCCAACAGUUUAGUGAAGAUCUUGAAUGACUCGCGUGUGCUUAAAGUUGGAGUCGGCUGCUAUGAGGAUGGCAAGCGUUUGGCCCGGGACUAUGGCUUGUCACUUGGCUGCACUGUGGACCUGCGCUACCUUGUUAUAAGGCAACGGCAAAUGGGGCUGAGUAAUGGGCUGAGCCUGAAAUCUCUGGCAGCAGAUUUGUUGAACGUGCCCCUUGACAAGUCACUGGAGCUCCGUUGCAGUGAUUGGGAGGCAGAUAAGCUGACACUGGAGCAGGUGACCUAUGCUGCCCGUGAUGCCCAGGUUUCCAUUGCCUUAUUUUUCCACCUACUGGGCCUGAACUCCAGCCUCAGCUCCCGCUCAGACGAUGUCUUCUCUCAAAUGCUGUCACGCUGCCAUGGCUUGGUGGAUGUGCCUUUCUGUGGACGGGGCUUGGAGGAAGGAGAAGAGAAGAGUCUAGAUGGGGAGCGGCGUCGCCGCAGCAGAAGGAAUACCUCGGAUAGCUCUGGCUCCGGCUCGGUUUCUGGAGAUCAGCAGGUGCCAGACCCCCGGAAAAACAGGCGCAAGCCUCUUGGGGUGGGGUAUUCUGCCAGGAAGUCCCCACUCUAUGACAACUGUUUCCUCCAUGCCCCAGAUGGUCAACCCCUUUGCACCUGUGAUAAGAAGAAAGCCAAAUGGUAUCUGGAUAAGGGAAUUGGAGAGCUUCUGAGUGAAGACCCCUUUAUUGUCAGGCUAAAAUUUGAACCAUCAGGACGUCCAGACUCUCAACAAGAUUAUUACCUUACUGCUAAAGAGAACCUGUGUGUGGUGUGUGGCAAGACUGACUCUUACAUUAGGAAGAACAUUGUCCCCCAUGAAUAUAGACGGCACUUUCCUGCUGAGAUGAAGGACCAUAACUCCCAUGACAUCCUUCUCCUAUGCACAUCCUGCCAUGCGGCCUCUAAUGUCCACGAUGGGAUGUUAAAGCAGCAGCUAGCUGAGGAGUUUGGUGCACCUCUAGGGUGUGAGGAGGGUGUUCGCCUGCUGGAGGAUUCAGACAGGCGGCGGGUGCGCUCUGCAGCCCGUGCCCUCCUUACUGCCAGUGACAGUUUGCCGCAGGCCCGCCGGAAAGAGCUGGAGGACCUUAUCAAGACCUUCUUUGGUCAGGAGCAACAAGAAAUCACCACAGAGAUGCUGCAGAAGGCAGUUGGCCUGGAGACCAGGAUAUUUAACCAAAGCUACGUGCCCCAUGGGCUAAAGGUGGUGCGUGCCUAUGCUGAGCGUGGGCUCCGUGGCCUAAUGGAGCUUGAGAGGCGUUGGAGACAGCACUUCCUGUCUGCUAUGAAACCUCGUCACCUGCACCCUCUCUGGUCUGUAAACCACAACCAUGCCAAGUUUCUCCGAAAGUAUGGAGAGGACCUGCCCAUCCAGCUUAACUGAGCUGUCUCCAGUGGCCUUGGUGGCGAUGCAGAGGUGGUCUGGAAAUGUAGGAUCUACUGGUUCUGCAGCCUGGGCCUGCCAGAAUGAGGCUUGUUCUCCUGCUGUGGCAGAACUUUAGAUAAACUGCAAGAACAGCUGGACCCUGAGAUACGGGACUGAUAUUUGGGAUUGUCACUUGUGAGAAAUGCUGGUAAAACCAGAACACUAACACUAUGUGAUGAUGCAGGAAAUAGUCAGGGUGUAUGUGCCAUGGUAGAUGCACACUCUAUUUUUAAAGAAAAAGGAAAUAAAUGGUGAAUCUUUUUUGCCAAUUUAUUUAAACAGACAUUUUUAAAAACUAAGCUAAAAACCUGCUCUUACAUUUUCCUCUUUAAUAUUGCUAAGUUACUCUGCAGGUUUGUAGCCCUAAUACAUGUUUUUGUGUUACAAAUUUUGGUAUGAGAGAUGACUUCAUAUAGCUGACAUAAGGUAGUUCUCAGAAUGACUUUUGCAAAUAUUCUAAUCUGCCAUUCCAGUGUCCAGUCCUUUUUUUGCCUCCAAUUUUAGUUUUGUCAAUCUUCUACGAUAGAUGCGACAAGACUGUUUGUUUUUCCCUGGAGGACUUGCAGGAAGAGCAUCAAUUUCUCUGGUUCAUUGGAACAGAACUUUGACCACUGUCCAACCAGCAGGGUUAAAUGAACCUGGAUCACGCACGUUCUCGAGUCGGAGAGACAUCAUAAUGGAUCUCACUCAGAGUUCAGUCAUGCUCUUUCAGUGGAUAUCGAGCUGGAAUGCUCAUCUCCAACUUGAGACUUGUUUGCCAGUCACAGGUUCUUCUAAUACACCUUUAACUGUAACAGCAGUGCCAUUAUUUGUUUACUGAAGAGUGAGCAAGUUUUGGUUAGAAGCAGCCUGUGAAUGUGAUGGUUAACUGCCUGCUGUUCAGCAACUUGAAUGUCACCACCCUGUGAGGCUUAAGAAACUUGGCUGCUUUUUCUUUUAUUUACAUUUGUCCAGAUGUAACCCCUCAACAAAGCUGCUUAGUUUCCUUAAACUGUAAGUACAAUAUUAAAGAUCAUAUUUAUUCACA